GUGGAGAAGGAACGUAAGUGGAAACGGAAGUGUAACAUUUUGGCGCAAAACGUGGGAGUCAUGUUUAACCAGAACUCUUCUCUCUCUCUCUCUCUCUCUCUCUCUCUCUAUUAUAAAUAGACGCGGGUUUCAGGCGGUUUGUGACGAUGAUAGCCGAGAGUGUUUGAUUCUGGACAUGGGUAGACCUUUUCUGAUCAAACUUGAAGGGAACCUAUAUAGCUGCAAGCACUGCCAGACCCAUUUCGCUCUCUCGGAGGACAUCCUUUCUAAGUCAUUCCACUGCAGGUAUGGAAAGGCUUAUCUCUUCAAUAAUGUUGUGAAUGUCAAUGUUGGAGAGAAAGAAGAGAGGAUGAUGAUGACUGGAAUGCAUACCGUCGUUGACAUAUUCUGUGUUGGAUGUGGCUCAAUUGUGGGGUGGAAAUAUGAGGCUGCUUAUGAGAAGAGCCAAAAGUACAAGGAAGGGAAAUUCAUUAUCGAGAGGUUCAAAGUCUUAGGUCCCGAUGGAAGCCUCUAUAUACUCAGCCCCGAAGCUCAGGCGGGUGGAAGCGAUGUUGAUGAUCCUUGAUUGGACUUUUUUUAGAUUAACCAUUCCCGAUUCAUGAGUUGAUACUGUACAUUCUCUGCACCUUCCCAUUUUUGUUCUACACCCCUAGUUUAGAUCUUGUUUUUGGUAUUUAUACCAGUUCGCAAAGCUCAAUUAGUGGCUUCUCUUAUGCAAGAUUUUCUUAGAUGCCUCUCAA